AUGAAGACCAGUGGUCAGUUCUCUGUCGUCAUGACAAACUGUAUUGGGAAUUUCCUGUUUGGAAAUGAAAUGCAAAACGCUGCUUUUGAGGAUUGGGAGGAAGUCGUACAGGCAAAGCACAAAGUUGAAAUGAGAGUUACCAAUCAACUCAAUCGAACAUUAAUACAACCGGAAGUUAGAUUGUCAAAGGGCAAAAUCUUCAACGAAUUUCCUGUUCUACCUUCCGGGAAAUCAUGUGAUAAUUUAUUCUACAAAACGCCAUGGACCUGCCGCGGUAUUUUUGGAAUGGUGACAUACCUCAUAGAAGGUACUGACAAGAUCGUGUGUAUUUUCUUCAGUAACCCUUUAGUGGGAUCUAACAUCUUGGGACUUCAGUGGCUGACCUUGGAUGACCUGGAGAUGGAAACUCGCGAAGAAAUGAUCGCAAACUUUGGAAAGAGACAAAACGUAAACGCGAAAACCUGGAAGACGGAUGACAUUCCCACUCAUUAUCAUUUGCAAGGAGACGAAUACAUAGUACGUGUCGUUAUGAGUGGCUCUAGUAAGGUCGCUCUACAGGUAACUCUCUUGGACUUCAAUCCAAAAAUAGAACGAUCAAUGACCGUGACCUCAUGGAUUGAGAAUCAGCACAAACAUAAUAAGUAG